GUGAAUGUGUAAAUGUAACACACACACACACACACAAUACUAGGAAGGGGUGGUUACUUAGCCAUUCAUUAACAAACACUUUGCUUAACACAACAAAACACAACACAAAAAAACAUAAAAACAAAACACCCUCCUCGUGCUUGAUUCUAGUACAAGUAUACCAAACUCAUUCACAACCACAUUUCCUUAAUCUCUUUUCAUUUUCUCUUAUCUAUAUAACACUUUACAAUCUCCACCUCAUUUUCUUCAUCAAAAACAAUUCAUCUUUCUUCUUUGCUAUCAUCACUAAAUUUUCUUGAGAAUUCAGAAAAUAAAAGAGAGAUUUGAAUGUUUGGGUUGAUUCCCUGUAUUGACACGUUGUAGACAUCACGGCUUUUCUUAGAGUUUAUCGGUCACUUUCACAUGCCCGAACUGUACGACGUAAGGGUUGUUGCUUAACUCCGACUAACCCUUCGCCGCACGGUGGGCGUGGUGCUCUGCCUUCUGAAGGUGGUAGCCCCUCCGAUCUUCUCUUCCUCGCCGGUGGUGGUGUCUUUGCUCCUUCUUCCUUCUAAUUUCUUGUUUUUAGUUUAACUUUCUUUAGAUUUUUACGACUCAAAACUAUAAGCUAAAACUAGACUUUGUAAGUAAGAUUUAUUUGAAGGUGCUUCUUCUUCUUCUUCUUUCUUCUUCUUGUUGUUAAAAAAAAAAGUAUUUUUGUGUUUGGUUUGGUGAAAAUGAUGCUAAAAAUCAAAAGGGUUCCCACCGUUGUUUCCAAUUAUCAAAAAGAGGAGGUUGGAGAGGCUGCUCCUCGUACUGUCGGAGGUUGUGGUCGGAAUUGUCUCAAAUCUUGUUGUAUUCAAGAUGCAAAGCUACCUUUGUAUGCUUUUAAAAAGAUUGACAAAGUAACCGAAAAGGAUUUGGCUAUCCAUGAGUGUCAAGAGGAGCUUCCUAUGGCCUUUUUGGACUCACUUGUUCUUGGAGAGUGGGAAGAUCGCAUGCAAAGAGGACUUUUUCGUUAUGAUGUUACCGCCUGUGAAACCAAGGUGAUUCCGGGUGAGUGUGGUUUCAUUGCUCAGCUUAACGAGGGCCGACACCUCAAGAAGAGACCAACUGAGUUCAGAGUUGAUAAGGUUCUUCAGCCCUUUGAUGAAAACAAAUUCAACUUUACUAAAGUUGGGCAAGAAGAGGUUCUGUUUCAAUUUGAAGCUAGUGAAGAUGGUGAAGUCCAGUUUUAUCCAAAUGCCCCAAUUGAUGUUGACAAUUAUCCCAGUUUUGUUGCCAUCAAUGUCAGUCCUAUUGAGUAUGGACAUGUUUUGCUGAUUCCCCGCAUUUUCGAGUGUUUGCCUCAAAGGAUUGAUCAUGAGAGCUUCUUGCUUGCACUUCACAUGGCAGCUGAAGCUGCUAAUCCAUAUUUUCGAUUGGGUUACAACAGCCUUGGUGCAUUUGCAACUAUAAACCAUCUUCACUUCCAGGCUUAUUAUUUGGCUAUGCCCUUUCCUAUUGAGAAGGCUCCCACCAAGAAAAUUGCAACUUCAAAUGGUGGUGUGAAGGUAUCUGAAUUGCUGAAGUAUCCGGUUAGAGGUCUUGUCUUUGAAGGCGGCGACACGCUCGAAGAUUUAUCAAAAAUUGUUUCAGAUGCUUGUAUCUCCCUACAAAACAACAACAUACCUUACAAUGUUCUUAUUUCUGACUGUGGAACACAAGUGUUUCUUUUACCACAGUGUUAUGCAGAGAAACAAGCUCUUGGAGAAGUGGAUGCUGAGCUUCUUGACACACAAGUAAAUCCCGCGGUGUGGGAGAUUAGUGGACACAUGGUUUUGAAGAGGAAAAAGGAUUUUGACGAGGCGUCUGAAGCCAAUGCUUGGAGGCUUCUUGCAGAAGUUUCACUCUCUGAAGAAAGGUUUCAAGAAGUUAAUGCUAUUAUCUUUGAAGCCAUUGCCUUAACUGAAGAAUUGGAUGACAAUGUUCAAUGUCUUCCAAAAGAUGAUUCUGUCGACUCGAGCACAUACCCUACUGUGGUGGCUGGUUCACAAGAAUGUGUUGUUCUACAGUAAAAUAAUUCAGUGGUUGUGCAGUGUUUAAAAAAUUUGCUGAAUUAUGUCUGGUUGAAAUAAGUACCUCUAAUGGUAACAUUUGCUUAAGUUCUAGAAUUAUGAUGUGCCUAAUGUUUGUGUCAUGCAUUAGUACUCUAUUGUAGUUUUUGUCAUGGCUUCACCAAGCCUGAAAUAACAACUUCAUGUAUCUGUUUCCUUAGCAAAUCAGACUGCACCCUGUUGUUAAGGAUAAUGUCUUCUACCUUUUGUAUUUCUGGCUCCACAUUUGUAAUAAAUAAACGUGGCAUUCUUCUUUUGUUGAUAUA